AUGUCUAUUAUCAUGACGUCUCAUUUGGGUAGCCAACUGACUCUCUCAAUCUUCAACUCCCAAAAACACUUUACUACCAUGUCACAAACCCAAUCACUAUUCAACUGCCUAAUAAGAACUCACCACAUAACAUCCCGCAAAAAGCUCUCGCGCGUCCGCCGCGCAGCCCAGCAGCUCAACGUAGACUGGCUUCUCGUGCGGAGCGGCGGCUCACCGGGAAUAAUGUUUGCCGAAGCGCGCGACGAGGCGGGACUGACGGAGUGGGUUUCCGCGGUGCAGGCUCUGCGGUACAAAGAUUUCCGUUGCAUUGCGAAGCCGGCGCCUGUGCCAUCGGAGAGAAGUGUGGUGGGGGUGAGGAGGACGGGGUUUGACGAGACGGGGGAGGUGAAGGAGUUUGCAAAGUUCAUGGAGGAGAGGGGAUUGGGGGAGUGGUGGAAGAGGGGGAUGGGGUUUGUUUGA